AUGACAACUUGCUACGCCUGCGGUGAGAAGAGCCACGUCCGGGCCUAUUGUCAGAAGGCGAAUGCGGAGUGCUUCAUGUGUGGUGAGACGGAGCACAUUAGCUCGGUGUGUAGAAAGCUCCGGGGUAGUGCAAGGAGUGGCGAUAAGGACCGGCCGGACCAAAAGCAGUUUGCCGGUGUGGCGUUUACGGCGUGGCGCAAAGAGGCGGCGGGGCGGGUGUGUCGCUCGUUGACUCGGGGAGCACCGAACACAUCACGGCGAGAGAAGAGCCAAUUCGCAAGCUACGAGAGGCUUGCACGUACGGAGAGGAUAGAGGGGCUCAGGGAGUUAAGCCUUAACGGCGGUGUGGUGAAAAUUGAGGCGGUACAACACGGCGGCUUGUGGGAGAUUGUAACGGUGAAGAAGCCGCGGGCAUUCGUGGCGGUCAAGGGCCCGGCCAAAACGGGGUUUCGAUUUGGAGAGGAAGCAAGGAAGCCGCCGAUACUCGCGGGGAGAAAGCUGGUGGAGGUGAAACCGGUUAAGUACAUUGAGGUGGACCUUGACUCGGAUGACGAAGAGGAAGAGGUCCACCGGGUGGACACGGAGAUGGAGGCGUUGAAGACCAUGUCACAACGGAAGCCGUGGGAGCCGCAGCGAAAGGCGUGGGAGCAGGGGCAAAGAUAG